AUGCGGGCCAAGGAGGAUGCGAAGCAUGCGAAACCACAAGACAAGAUUCAGGACGCGAUCCCUCGGCAAGGAUCUAAUGCUGCCGCGCAUGUGGAUGGUGCCAAUGACGAGCACCCAGUGAUCCCACCGGCGAACCCACCGGCGAAGCAGAGCGAGGAGAUGGAGGAGAUCCCCAUUGCGGGACGGACGAAGAUGACGAUCCCCAAGAACAAGGAUGCACAGGACUCAUCAUGGUCGGACUUGAAGCCCGAGGAACAGGAGGAAACUACGGACCACCUUGAGGCAAAGAGCGAGUUGAACUCGAUCCUGAAGCAAUCUCCUGGUAUGCUUGUCUUUGUCUUUUCCCCCGCAAAUUACGAACCCUGGAAGCUAACAGCUGUGCGUACUCUAGUGAUCAUCUUUUCCAAGUCCUACUGCCCCUACAGCAUGAAAGCAAAGUCGAUCCUCCUCGACCACUACUUGAUCUCCCCGAAGCCGUUCGUUGUCGAGUUGGAUCAACACCCGAUCGGAGCGGCUCUUCAGUCUCUUCUGGCACAGAAAACAGGGCGUCGGACCGUGCCCAAUGUGCUAGUGAAUGGAAAGAGCAUCGGCGGUGGAGAUGACAUCGCUUCCCUGGACCAUAGCGACGAGCUGGCAUCGAAGCUGCGGGAACUGGGGGGCAAAUGGGUGGCAGAUGUGAUACGGGCUCCUCCUAUGGAGGCGCACCUGUAA